UCGAGUGCAAUGCAACGGAGUGUUUACGUGUGGAGUCGCGACCACCGCAUUCACCACAAGUUCAGUGAGACGGACGCCGAUCCGCACAAUUCUAAUCGGGGUCUGUUUUUUGCGCACAUCGGGUGGCUGUUUGUCAAAAAACACCCGGAGCUCAUUGAAAAGCGCCGCGAGAUUGACUGCAACGAUCUCACCGCCGACCCAGUUGUCAUGUUCCAGAAAAGGCACAUGGCCAUUUUGGUAUCGCUAAUGUGUGGUAUAGUAAUACCGGUGGCCGUACCGGUGCUACUAUGGGACGAGAGCUUUGCCAACGCGUUCAUAGCGAACAUAAUCCGAUACCUCUAUGCACUUCACUCGACAUUUUUGGUUAAUUCUGCGGCACAUAUGUAUGGAAUCAGACCUUACGAUGAGAUAAUAGAGCCCCGAGAGAGCAGUGUUGCCAUUUAUUUCACGUUUGGCGAAGGGUAUCAUAAUUUUCACCACACAUUUCCAUAUGAUUCCAACGCCUCAGAACACGAUUGGCGUUAUAAUUUCAAUAUACCGGGCCUUAUACUGGCUGUGUUAGAGAAAAUGAACCUGGUCCGCGAUCUCAAACUUGCCCCCAAAAAUUACGUAGCCAAACGAAAGAGCAUGGUUAAAUUAAAUGGCCAAACGGGUGACAAAAUUGUCAACACAAACUAUUUUGAUAACUUAGAUUUGCAACAAUUCAGUUAA